AGCUCCAGACCCACUGCAGCAGUGCUCAUAGAUAGUGAGAGUGAAAAAGAGCGGGAGUUGGAGAUUGAGAGGAUGGGUAAAGGAGCGUAAAGGGGUAACACACACAAUCGAGCGAGGGAGUGAAAGAGGGGGCAGAGAGAUAGAGAGAGAGAACUGUGAAAUCAGCCAACCCUCCCAGGCGCGAGGUUCUUGAUUACUGUCAAGCACGCACACCAUUCGGAUAUCGCUCCUGUGACAGCCAGGAUGAGUUCGUGCAGUAGCAGAGCACUGACCAUCCUGUCCACGGUGUUUGGGGCGUGUGGUCUGCUGCUGGUGGGCGUGGCUGUGUCUACAGACUACUGGCUGUUGAUGGAGGAGGGCAUUGUGCUGCAGCAGAACCAGAGCAUGGAGGUCAAGAUGGCCCUGCACUCUGGCCUCUGGAGGGUCUGCUUCGUGGCGGGGACAGAGAACGGGAGAUGUGUGGCGUCAGAGUAUUUCACUGAGCCAGAGAUAGAGAUCACCACAGAGAAUACUGCUAAUAUUCUGAAGAUGGUGCGGACGGCCACUCCGUUCCCCAUGGUGUCUCUGCUCUUCGUCUUCACGGCCUUUGUCAUCAGUAACAUCGGACACAUCCGGCCCCAGCGCACCAUCCUUGCAUUCAUCUCCGGGAUCUUCUUCAUCCUCUCAGGCCUGAGUCUGGUGGUGGGGCUGGUGCUCUACAUCUCCAGUAUUAAUGAUGAGGUGAUGAACAGACCGAGGGAGCCUGAACAGUUUUUCAACUACCGCUACGGCUGGUCGUUUGCCUUCGCAGCCUCCUCCUUCCUACUCAAGGAGGGGGCUGGGGUGAUGUCAGUCUAUCUGUUUAUGAAGCGUUAUGCUGAGGAGGAGAUGUACCGCCCCCACCCAGCCCUCUACCGCCCCCGUCUGUCUGAGUGCAGCGACUACAGCGGCCAGUUCCUCCACCCUGAGACCUGGCCUCCUCCUAAGAGGGGCCGCAGUGACUCCCGGGCCUCCAGCGACAUCUCCAUCCAGAUCAACCAGACCCCCCCGCAGCCCACCAAAAAAACCCUGCAGGGCAACCAAGGUGGGGGCAUGGGGUCAAACAUGGGCCCUGGGUCUGGGUCCUCCUCUGGAGCUAGCUACCAGCUGCCCCCACCAUCUGGGGCCUACAACACCCACACACUCCAACACCAACACUCACACGGUAACUCCCAGGCCAUGGCCAUGCCCCCUUCCACUGGCCCCCCUCACUACCACACACACAUGCACAUGGGCGCCUCCCCCUGUUAGAGAGAGG